GCGCAAAUGAGACGAAACACAAACAGUCAUGGCGGCGGCAGAGAAACCUACGAAAGAAAAGCUGUUAUCCACUCUGGAUGAUAUGGAAGUUUUAUCCAGAGAGCUUAUAGAGAUGCUGGCACUUACAAGGACACAGAAACUGCCUCAGCCUGGAGAGGACACACAGAUUUUGGAGCUCUUGGUACAGAGAGACAAAGAGUUUCAGGACUUAAUGCAGACGGCGGUAGAGCAGGGCAGAGUGCACCAAGAGAUGCAAACACUGGAGAAAGAGGUUGAGAAGAGAGACAGUGACAUCCAACAGCUCCAGAAACAACUCAAAGAGGCAGAACACAUACUGGCCACUGCUGUCUAUCAAGCCAAAGAGAAACUGAAGUCUAUUGAAAAGGCCAGAAAAGGAAGUAUCUCUUCAGAGGAAAUCAUUAAGUAUGCUCACAGGAUCAGUGCCAGUAAUGCAGUUUGUGCUCCUCUUAACUGGGUCCCAGGUGACCCUCGCAGGCCGUACCCAACUGACCUUGAGAUGCGCAGUGGGAUGCUUGGUCACAUGAGCAACAUGUCAACCAAUGGGGUGAACGGACACCUGCCAGGAGACGCAUUGGCUGCUGGGAGAUUACCAGAUGUUCUAACCCCUCAGUAUCCUUGGCAGUCUACUGAUGUUUCCAUGGGGAUUCUGCCUCCUCACCAUGGCAACGAUUUUGGCCUAGAGCCACCUGGUCAUAACAAAGAAAAUGAGGAUGAUGUCGAGGCCAUGUCAACAGAUUCCUCCAGCAGCAGCAGUGACUCAGAUUAAAUGUGUGUGUAUGCGGUUUGUCUGAACAGAAAGAAAGGAAACUCCAGUGUCCAAAAUAAUUGAACUUGUCUCUUUGAUUCUAGAGAUGGUAAAAUGCCUUGAGAUGGACCAAACCUACAAUGGUCAUCUCUUCUCUCUUUUCUAUGUUUUGGACCUUUGAGCAAUUCAAAAAAAAAAAAAUUUUCAAACGCCUUUAAUCCUCAUUUGUUUGUAUCAUUUUAAGUCCUGCUGGCCUCAUAAAUGCCAUUUAGAUGUUGUGUGAAGUGUGCCAGUAUGAUGGGCAGCAUAAAUUUGUAAUCUAAUGCACCGUGAUGUUGAAAUUAUCCAAAUAUCUGGUUUAUACAGCUGGAAUAUAAAUUGUACUGUAAAUAGCUCUUGACUUUGUAAAUAAAAAACUUUUUUAGAUGA